UCCACCCCACCCCAAGCAUGGUGAACAGACACUCAUUCUACUACUGUCUUCUCCUAACUUUCUAUGUACUUUAUUUAAUUUUUGGAGGAUUAGUCUUCUCGACUUUGGAGCAACCUCACGAGGAAGACCUGAGAGUUAAAGUGGAGAAUAUGUGGAACGACUUCCUAGCUGCUCACCCAUGUCUAUCUGAGCAGAAGUUAGAAGACUUUUUGCGUAAAGCUAUGGUAGCCAAGAGCUUCGGUGUGUCUGCCCUGCGCAAUGUGUCCGGCUAUGAGAACAGAUGGGAUUUUGUGUCUUCUCUCUUCUUUGCUGGGACCACCCUCACCACCAUAGGCUAUGGACAUCCUUUUCCGAUCUCCUGGGCUGGAAAGUUAUUCUGUCUGAUGUACUCAAUGAUUGGCAUUCCACUUACCUUCUCCAUUCUGUCCAUCACCGCUCGGAACAUGCUCAUAUUGUUUCGUGACAAACCCAUCCAUAAUAUUCGAAUUUAUUUUCGUGUUUCCAAGAAAAGGCUGGAAUGGAUCCACGCACCUAUUUUAAUAACUCUCAUAUUGGCCAUGUUCUUUUUGGUUCCAGCAGUUAUAUUUGAUCUUGUUGAGGGAAACUGGGAAUAUCUAGAUGCUGUUUAUUUCUGUUUUAUCUCUUUAACCACUGUUGGACUUGGAGACUAUGUUCCAGGAGAGCAAAGUGGUCAACAGAUGCCAGUCCUUUACAAGGUGAUGGUUAUUGGUUAUUUAUUAGUGGGACUGGCUGCUGUGCUUCUUGCGGUAGAAACGACAAAGAGCCUUUUGAAUUGUGACAGAUUGUUUAAUCUGUUCCUGCUCGGAUGCGAAGAUGUUCGAAGAGAUGAGGAAGCAGACCCAGUAUUAACGAAUGAUCUAGAAGAUUCUUUUGUGCAGAGACAUGAUGAAACAACAAGAAGAAGAGUUCCACAUUCUCUGUCUCCUACACCUGAGAAAUUCUAUGGCACCAUAAGCCCCAGUUAAAAUGAAUUCUUACAUCAUGUAUAGAAUCUUCCACAUGUAUCUGUCUAUAUUUCAUUCUGGACCUUUUAGUUAAGAUGAGAACGUUUACUGAAGGUUCCAGGAGCCAAAGUGAAAGACUUUUUGGGCACCUCAUAUCUCCUGAAACUGGCGUUAAAUCAUCUAGGGGGUGAGUUGCUGGGAAUCAGCUAGGGAAUUGCACAUUUUUAGUCCAAAGUAUUGAAACUGGAAAAAUUAUUCAACCUAGGUAUUACUGAAUGACAUUUGCAAUUCCCUUGUCAGUGCUAGACAAUUCUGGGUUAAGUCGGUAAACUCAAGUUUCUUAUGUCCUAAUUUUAUUUUUAUAUUUACCAUGUAACACUUCACGACUACUCACAACAAGUUAACACAAUGUUUCUGCCUCGUCAAUGUUUUUUUUGCAAUUUUUAACAAUUAGUUAUGAUUCACCUAAUUAUGCUGUAAUUAGCCAAUGGUCUUAAAAAUGAAUCUUUCCUUAGACACACUUUGAGGUUCCACUUUUAUAUUUGUAUCUCCUGAUUUCACCAUUAUAAUAUGUUCAGCAAUCUAGUUAUGUUUCCAGAACUGGGUAAAAUGAAGCAAAACCCAAUGCCAUUCAGCUUUGUGUAUGUCUUGGGACAACUUUUAAAUCUA